GACGAGUUGUUCAUAGGGUUCUCCAUAGCUCUUUAAUUUUAUAAUUCCUUAGUGUUAGCAAUAAAAUGGCUAAAACUUACGACUAUUUAUUUAAAUUAUUGUUAAUCGGUGACUCAGGUGUUGGCAAAACGUGCAUCCUGUUCCGUUUCUCAGAGGAUGCCUUCAAUACAACGUUUAUAUCGACAAUUGGAAUCGACUUCAAGAUCCGCACCAUUGAGCUCGAUGGCAAGAAGAUAAAACUACAGAUAUGGGACACGGCCGGCCAGGAGCGCUUCCGGACGAUAACAACCGCCUACUAUCGCGGCGCUAUGGGCAUAAUGCUGGUGUACGACAUCACACAGGAGAAGUCGUUCGAGAACAUCAAGAACUGGAUCAGAAACAUCGAGGAGAACGCCUCGGCGGACGUGGAGAAGAUGCUCCUGGGCAACAAGUGCGAACUGAACGAGAAGCGCCAGGUGACGAAGGAUCGAGGGGAGCAAUUGGCUGUUGAGUACGGGAUUAAGUUCAUGGAGACGUCGGCGAAGGCGAAGAUCAACGUGGAGGAGGCGUUUUUCACACUUGCCAGGGACAUUAAGGCAAAGACGGAGAAGCGACUGGAGGCGAACAAUCCCGUCAAGGGGGGCCAUAAACUCAAGGAGGCGGAAACUGUGAGAAAACCCCACAACUGGCUCUCGAGAUGUAGUCUCCUCUGACCUGGAUACACUCCCCCGCAGUCCUCAUCUCUCUCUCCGACUCCCUGCUCUCUCCUCCUCACCCGGUGCGUCCAGUGAUGCCUCUCUUUCACAAGUUCUCAGUUUCUAAAUUGCAAGAUCACGCACACAGGCAGACCUCAGUGGCCAAAGGCGGGCGGAAUCCGCGCGGAAGUGACUGGAGCGCGGCGGUCAGGCAUCCGCCUUGAUGGCCACUCCGACUUCGGCUCCGCGCCGAGCAUCUUAGUCCCAUGCGAGAGAGGGAGAGAGAGCGCUCGGGAGAGGGAGAUUAAGUUGAUAUACCAUGAAUUUACAAGGGAAUAGCGAGAGAAA